GUGCUGUACUGUAAGUUGAAAUUGAAUAAAGCUGUCUUAUUUUUAAUUUUUACUAAGUAUUGCCUUAAAUGUGGUAUAAUAUUCAGUUUAACCAUUAGUAAUCGCCAUUUGUAUUAUUUAUUACAAGUAAGGGCAAACUGAUUGUGCACUAGAACAUUUUUGUAUGUGGAUUUUUAUGGUUUUAAAAAAAAGUGACCUUUCUCGUUCAUUUUCGUAAUAUCAAUACGAAAGUAGCAAAAAAGAGUUAUGUUAUUUAAUACAAUCAUUCCUUUAUAACAAAUAAAGUACAUUGUGCAGUAAUUCGAGUGAGAAGUGCAGGUGGGAAGUAGGCCAAUUAAGUGGUAAACAAAAGCAUUACGCACUGAUAUAUCGUAAGUUCUAGAUUAGUUGAGCUAUAAUUUUGCUCGGACGAUGGGCUUUGUAUUGGGUGUUGGUGUUUAGCGUAUCAUGGAAAGAUUGUCUCAUGAUCUAAACCUGGCACUCGAAGAAAGCGACUGUGGCCGGCAAGAGCGGCGGAAGCUGGGGCUACGACGGCGCACCAGGUCCGCUGGGAAUUUGCCGGCCACGGUAACUGUGAGUUUAGUUGAAGAUGGAAGUUCCAGCAGCCCACCACAAGCGCCUCUCAUCACUCAACCGCUGUCUGACUCUGAUGACCCUCAUCUUAAUCUACAUAAAUCUGCCAACCUGAAAUCCAGACAGUACUGCCAAAUCGGCAACUUUGAAUCAGACUCAUUCAAUGAAAACUUCUCUCCCACUCGUCCCGCUAAUGCUAGAAGGAAAAGAAAGUAUAAGAAGAUGCCAGUGGAGUAUAUUGAUGGGAAGAGGUCACCACCUGUUGAAAUAUUGAGUGUCACAACUGAGUUGAGCACGUCUCCAACCACAAUAAUAUUACAAACACCAGGAUUAUCUCCGUUGAUGCACAUCGGAAAACAUAAACAAGAAAGGAAUGCGUUCUGCGGUAAAAGAAAAUGGUCUCACAGAGAUAAAGGCGAUGUUUGCGAAAUGAGAGAAAGAUCAUUCAGUGGAGGAUGCUCAUCGAAGUCAGCUUUCUUCAAAAAUGACUUUAAAUCCAAAAGACAUGACUCGGAAAAGAAACGGAGAGAUUCUAUCCUACAACCAGGUAAAAUUGUUCUUAAAUCUCAAAAUACAGAAGAUCUGAAAUGUUCAACAUUCACGAAUACACCUUCCUUGCCGGGCAGUUCAAGUUUUAACUUUGUAUACAAAAAUCCAUCGAAAAAUGGUACCCCAGUACUAUCAAAAAUGACAGGCUAUCGGAUAGCAACUGAUCUACCGCCCUUCUUUAAUACAACUGGUAAAAAUUGUUUAGAUGGAAAAUAUCAGAGGAAGAUAAAAAUGUUGAACAAAUCAUAUCCACCAAAUUCUCUAAGGAAUCCGUUACAAUUUGAUGAUUCCAACAGCGGAAUGGAUUGCACUGGUAAUGAAAGUAGCUCACUCAGCAGUAGUGAGUCGGAUGGAGUGGUCACCAAUGACAGCGAUAGAGAAGGUGAUGAUGAACUAACAGAUUGGCCUGGAAUUGAAGAAUUGAAAGUGUUCAACAAGAGUCUAACAUUCAAAUCGUCUAAAGUCAAUAAUAACUGCACAAAAACAGUCGGUAGUAUGCCACCUCCUAAACGGUUGAAGAAAGAAAAUAUAAGUGGAAAAAGUGGUUGGAAUAAUUGUAAGAAUCGAUUCAAAAAGAAAAGAGCUAAAGUCGAUUCUGGUAAUGAUGAUGAUAUGAUGUCAGAUUCUAAAACUAUAAUCGAUUUAGAAGAUGAAACAGUGUCAAAGGAGAAUAGAGAUAUUUUGCAACCGCAUUCGUCGUUUUCUAGUUUUAGUGAUAUAAAGAAUGCGGGGGUUUCAGGAAAGAAUGCGGAUGAGACGUUUUUUCAGUCCUUUCAGGUUUUCGUGGAGAAAUCUGAGCAAAACGAGGAGGCUUUCAAUCAAACGCCGCGGACGAAUUUUACGCUACAGAAAACGUCAUCGAGCGAUUUAAAUUUAAGUGAAAAAUCACCACAAAGUGAUCAUUACUGCAGUGAACAUUCUAUGGGUAAUAUACCGGUUGCAGAGAUAAGAGAAAUUAGGGCCGGGUGUAGGAGAAUAAGGGAGGAACGGCCCGGGUUUCUUAUAUUGAGUGCGGCUAAUGAACAGUUGUCUAAAUUCCUUCAGGACUCUUGUCAAAUUGAGCUGAAACUACCGAGUCUGCAAGAUCCCAAGGAAAAGGAGAAAUUAGAAUCUUUAGCUAAACUGUACUCUUUGGAGCUUGAAAUGGAGAUGGAUCGGCCUGUACUGAGGAAAACAAGCAACACAAUGCAAGCGAUACGUGUGGAACAUUCCUGUCACAAUUUUCCGUCAGAUCACAAACGUAGAUGUUACGGCGAAGAUAAUGAUUCCAGUUUGAGUUUGAGUGACCAAAACUCUGUUACUUCUGCGAAUGAUUUAGAUGACGUACAAUAUCCGGCUUCGGAGGACCAUAAAUUGGAUGCGGAAGAAAAACUAGUGGAUAACUUCUCAAGAACUUUAGUAGAUACUUCUCUUCUAGAUCCAGGUGAUGUCGAUUGAAUUUUUUAACUUUGUCUACCUUACUUUUAUACAAUGUUGUAUUUGACAGUGAAAUUGUACUAUCAUAAACUUGCCAGUGCACACUUGAAUGCAAGCUACAAGCAUGUUACACAAAUAUAACUGGCAUUCAAGCUAUUCUAUUUUACUGGCAUGUGUUGGCAAUCUGUCAGUAACUGGCAUGCAGGUUAUACUCCAUUAUACUGGCAAGUGCGUUUCCGCCCUAACACUUGUUAAAAUAUAUAGGUUUUUAAGAUAAAAUAAAUGAAACGUUCUGUUUCACUCUUGUUUCAUAAGUUGAGCAAUUUAAAACAAUGUUUUCAAUAUAUCAAUAGUUUAAGACUUUGUUAACGGCCGAAUAUUGUAACGAAUCUUACAUUUCGCUUCGUAAGCGCUUACAAUCUUACACUGAUCUGUAUAAAUGGGUAGAUUUUGGUUAUGACAGUUUUUGCUUAGUUGUUAUUUGAGCCGCUUGAUGUUAAUAAUUGUUAACAGUUAAUUGUGUCUCUAAUAUUAGUUCAAUUAUGUACAAAUUACCGCGUCUUAUAGGCUAUCCAUUUAUAGAGGUCAGUGGUAGCCUUAUAAGACCAUAUUACAUAUGUAAAUGUCGUUUUACUAUUCGGCCGUAAAUAUUUGAUAGUGAGAUGGUUUUGUAUAUAAUCAUGUUUUGUAACUUGACUUUUUGUGGUCUUAAUGUUCUAUGUUUUAAAAGUCUGAAGUAUACUUCUAAAACUAGUGAAUAUAGUUGUAAAAAUUUCCGAAUGAUGUAUCUUCCUUAUAUACUUGCAGUUUUGGGCCAAAUUUUAGUCAAAAUUUUAUACCAUUGUUUACAAUAUGUUCUAUUGUCUAUAAUAAUUUAAUUAGUAAAUACAUAAAUAUUCAUUGCAUUACAUUGGAUUAUAUUUAUGUAGCUAAUUGCUGUUAAUAUCAGAGUUUAAAAUUGUAUUUAUCAAAUGCUAAAUUUUGUUACAUAAUUUUUCAAUGUUGAAUUAAAGAUGUAAAAAUUCUUAAAAACAGGAAGUCUUAAAUAUACUGAACAUAUAAAAAUUACAUUUCAAUAAGAAUAAUUCAGUUAAAAAUUUAUUAAAGCAAAAAAUCCUUACAAAAGGUAUAGGUA